CUAAAGAAAAAGUUUUAAAAUGAAAUGUGGCGGCAAAGUUGUGAAACUGAAUUUUAGGCAAGGCAGACUGACUUUCAGAGAAGUCCCGCCAUACUUUUUUCUCCAAAAUCUCAAGACUCCUCACUCUAAGCUUCGGUUCAGGAGAGCUAAAUCACUAUGAAAGUUGCUACAGAGAAGAGCAAAAAGGCAACCAAUGUUCCUAGAGAGAGCAGAUCAAGUAUAAGUAAAACUGGAACCAGCAAAUUUAGAAAAACGGGUGGGCGAGAUUCCAAAAGAACUGGGCAAGCUGAAUGUUCUUCAGUAAAACAAGACGAGCAUUCGUUACGAUCUUGCACAGCUGAAGGACUGUCAGUGAAGCGUUUGGAUGAAACUAAAGGAACACUGAAGGACUUGUCUGCACCUAAUCUUUGUCAAGGAAAAACUUUUCUUCCUGAUUUGAAGAUCAAGUUGCAACUUUUCCCUAUAGACGAAGUCACUCGCAGGGGUUUAGAACACGAUGGAUAUCAUCCUUAUUUGGAACUCAUCUUAAGAGGUAGAAAGAAGAUUUCUUCUGUGCUCGAGCACCUCAAUAAAAAGUGGGGGAGUUCAAAAAUUGCUAUUGGUGAACCAGUGCUAUUCCCCUAUGAUGUACAUGGUAGCCUGUCUGGAUGCAGAAGGUGGACAAUGAAAGAUAGUGACAUCAAGGCAGGAGAAAUCUAUGCAUUUAUUGGAAGUCCUGCAAAUUUUCGGUUAAGGUACGGCUGGUUCUCAACUUCAGAUUCUAAAACUUCUGACGAGCUUCCUGCACCAUCAACUCCUGAUGUGAAAAAAGCAGAUACAGAGGAGAUACAAGUUGUGGUAUCAAGUGAAGAUAUUAAACUGAUCAAUAGGACCGAUAGUAAGCCUGGGAAUUUCACAGCACAGUGGGAUGAUAUAACUAAUAUAAGCAUUGGAGGCCUUUUAUCAGAAGCAUCUUUACAGGGUAAGUUCGGUAGCCUUGAAGCAAAAUUAACAGAGAAAAGUACAGGAUUGCAGCCAGUCCAAACAGACUACUGCCCGAGAUCAUUUGCAUCUUGGGAUGAUAGUCUAACUAAUAUAAGCAUUGGAGGCCUCCUAUCCGAAGUAUCCUUACAGGGAAAAUUCAGUAAUAACGCUGCAAAAGCUAUUGGGAGCAAUGCAGACUUGCAGCCAACUCAAAUGAUUUCUGAUUCACUUGAUGCUUUUAUCUCUGCUCAACGUAUUUGUCCUCAAGGUCCUAGGCCACCUGCUCAUGAUUCACACUCAUCUAUUUUGGAUGCUGAAGAGACAUGUCAUGCAUUCCCUGUCCAAAAAUUCUCCUCAAGCAAAAGGGUUUCAGCUCUUAGUGGUGGCAGUUCUGGAGGCUGCAGCCAGGAAGCUGGCUCCAGAUCAUUUAGAUUUCCUAAAAUUGAUGAGACCAACGUUCAAGUUGAGGUUCCAAAAGAUCAUGCAUAUGAAGAAUCCCAAACUGAUGUCUUGGUUUCUUCACAGAAGUAUAUUGAUGAAAACAGCCUUGGGUUCGCAGGCAUUAAUUGGAGUGAAUCAUUGGGACCCUUUGAUCUUGGUCUACCUGCCUCCAGAAACCUGUUCAAUGGAGAGAAAGAUGGCAUAAAUGGAUUUGGUAAGUAAAAGUUCGAAACUGAGAGGUUACUACUGUUAUCAGAAGACAUGCAAAUUCAGUUAAAUAAUUGUUCAAAAAUAGAGAAAAUAUGGGUUAACAUUUGAUUUGUGUAACUAUUUUAUAGUAAACAAAGCUGGGUACUUUUAAGUUUAAUGUGAUAAACAACAGUAAAAAAAUAAUGCAUCUUAUACCAGAUAGUAUAUACUGGUGUUUGGUUGCGCAA